AUGGUCGAAGCUGUCCCGCUAGCAGCACCGGAAGAUGGAGUUCAAGCCAAUUGGGUCUUUCUGAUUCGCUUUGGCUUUGUUACGGGCCUCAUGGAAAUGGAGCAACAGACCACAGUGCUGAACUGCCAGAUCUCCCUUACACUAAUUUACCCCAUGUAUAUCUUCGGAUUCACGUCGCUUACAGGUGUUCAUCAAACGAUAUUUGUCGUGGUACUGCCAAUCAUCAAGUUGAUCGCCAAGAACUGGGUGAGCCGUGCACUUGUCGGUCACAACGAUUUGAAACCAGAAGCUGUAAUUUUCAACGUCGAAGUGUUCAAUGCACUGUACAUUGCGAAUGCGCUUCAAGUGGCCUCAACCCAGGCUUCGACAGUCACGAUCAUGACAGUGGACCUGCUUCACUUCUGGAUUUCAAUGUACGACGUGAUAGAACUCCUGAAACGAGUGAAAAGGCUCAUGGACAAGAUACCAAAAGGCCACCCUGCAGGUAAAGAGAACUUUGUGCAGAUUGCAAUGCGGCUAAUUGCGCUCGAAACGCAGCAAAUGUCGGAAACCAGAAACCAGAUGUCGGAUAUAUCGCAUCCAACUUGGAGAAGUCAAAUUGAAGCUUGGGUCAACUUAAGUACACCGACAACAACAAGCAACGAGAUCUCUACGUAUAAGCUGGAGCACGACGAAAUGAACGACAAAGCUCCAAGCCAAACGCGGAAGCCAUCUCUGGGAACUCGCGUUUGUCCUGUAGCUUCGAGCCAAACAACGCGUCCACCUCCGAAAUCGACGUCAGAUUCAGAUUUUUCUAUUGAACUUGACAAAGUUUUUUCACACAACGAACGAGCUCUGUUCAUUCGGGAAAGUGCUCGAGCUCUCUUCGUUACGGAAUAUAUUGUGCUUGUGGAGUACGUCGAGGUGGUGCUACCGCUUGUGUACUGUGCGCAUCACGUGAUUGUGUAUAAUUUGCAUAACCGCGCCUACUACCCUGCAUUGGCGAGCAUUUCUAGUUCUGAGUUGGCGACGACCAUCUCCCACGUGCUCGUCUACAGCUCACUGGAAUUUGCCUCACUGAUCGUGGCGGUGAUUUUUCUGAAACGAAGCCUUGGAUUUUUACCCACGCGUCAACUCUCGUUCGUGUUAGAGAAUCAAGUGGGAAUCAUUCAGGCCAAGUUGCUUAUUCUUCUCAUCUACGUCAUGGAGAUUUCAUUGACUCACAUCGGUGCCGAUUUCAGCUUCAAGUUUGCGUGGCUACAUGAUCCUCAGCCGGGCAACUGA